GGCUCAAAUAAAUGUAAUGAAAAGAGAUAAAUUACUUCAGUCUAAUUUAAUUAGUACUAAAUCUUAUUUUGAGGAAGAAGAAAGCAGUGAAGUUAAUGAUGGUGUUAGUACAGAUUCAGAAUGA